AAGCCAAGCGGUGCGAUGGACGUCGAUCUACCCUGCAAGCUUGAACUCGUUUCAGAUCUUCCAGGGCACGAUGAACGUGCUUGGCAGGUGGCAUGGAAUCCGACCAAGCCUCUGCUAGCAUCAUGCUCUGCAGACAAAUCUGUGCGAAUGUACAGUUACCGUCCAUCCGACCACGGAAGCAGAGAUCUGUCCUUUUCGCAUGUGAGAACUAUCCCCACGGGACAUACGAAAACCGUACGCAGCAUCGCAUGGGCACCAUCAGGCAAAACGCUUGCCACAGGAUCAUUUGACUCGAAUGUCGGAAUAUGGGAGCGAGAGGAUGCUUCGGACUCCGAGGAUGCAGGAGAAACUACGGGUGAUUGGGAGUGUGUGACUUUGCUAGAAGGUCAUGAAACAGAAUGCAAGAGCGUUGGGUAUUCGAGUUCAGGCACGCUGCUAGCGAGCUGCAGCAGAGAUAAGACUGUAUGGAUUUGGGAGGUUAAACCGGAUGCAGAUUUUGAGUGUAUGGGCGUACUCAUGGAACAUAGCCAGGACGUGAAAUGCGUUGCAUGGCAUCCUUCGGAAGAGAUACUUGCAUCCGCUUCGUACGACGAUACCAUAAAGCUCUACGUAGACGAUCCUUCGGAAGAUUGGUUUUGUUUCUCGACCCUCUCUGGCCACAAGUCAACUGUUUGGUCCCUUACCUGGUCACCACGAGAGAGUUAUCUCGCCUCGUCCUCUGAUGAUCUUACGAUCAGGAUAUGGAAGAGAGUAGAAGAGCAUAAAUGGCGGUCCGUCUUGGAGCUGAGGGGACACGAACGAAGUAUUUACUCGAUCAGCUGGGGAGUUGGGAAAGGGGCGAGUGAGAAUCUUGGAUGGCUCGCGACCACUGGUGGUGAUGGUAAAAUUAAUGUCUGGGAAAUGAAUGAAACACAGCACAUCAAGGAUCCUCUGACUGCGAAAUUACUCGCAAGCAUAUCUGGAGCUCACGGUGUCGGUGAUGUCAAUUCGGUCUCUUGGUGCCCUCGCCCAGAUCAUGCAGAUCUGUUGGCUACUGCUGGUGAUGAUGGCUCAGUCAAAGUUUGGAGGGUAGUGCCAUCUUAGAUCUACUACAGUGCUUCUGUUUCAUUCAUGCAAGUUCUAUCAAUGUAUAUACAUGACACUGGAUAUUUUACGUAUACUAUGAUUUCUGUGCGAAC